UCUUCAUGGGAGAUUGAAUGCCAAAUGACUUUUUUAAUAAUUAACAACAUUAGACAAGAAUUCUAUCAAAACGGGACGUAAAAAAGUUCUUCUAAGUUUUUUUUACGGUUUAUGGAGUUUCCCUGUAAAAAGAUGGGGAACAUAUUACAGAUGAAAAUCCAAGUGCUCAUAAUAUACGCGUGUUAUGCUUAUCAUGUAGACGGAUUGGAUGUAUCCAAUCCUCCUUGUCGGAUUCUACCUCUUCUCCUUCCUACCACUAACACGAGCCUCACGAAUCACGUGAUAGCGAACAUGACGGUAACAAGCGUGGUCAACUGCGGCACGAAAUGCUUUCUGAGCCCGCGAUGCAUCUCAGUGAACUAUCAGCAGUUAUCCGAUAACAAGGUCACGUGUGAACUAAGCUCAUCAGAUCAUCUCCAGAACCCGCUUGAUAUGGUCCCUCGUCCAGGAUUUUCAUACCAAGGAACCAAGAACGGCUGUUCUUCGAGCCCGUGUCCUGUAAACACCACGUGCGUUCCUGGCCCAACCCAAGACACCCAUACCUGCGCCUGUCCAAGUGGAUACACAGGAGUUGAUUGUGAAAACGAUGUAGACGAGUGCUCAGAUGGUCAGUCUCCUUGUCAUGUCAGCGCUAACUGCAGUAACACCCUUGGCUCGUUCACGUGCACCUGCAAAGAUGGAUUUACCGGAGACGGACUCACUUGUAAAGAUGUCAACGAAUGCCUUCGGCCAAAUGCCUGCCACGUGAACGCCACGUGCACUAAUACUAUUGGCUCGUACAACUGUAGCUGUCAAACAUUGCACCACGGAGACGGCCACAGCUGCCUGCUAAAAGGAACCAGCUGCCAGGAAAUCCAUAGUCGGUUUCCACACUCUCUUGACGGUAUGUUCUACAUCGUGGGUAACCAUGGUUACCCAUAUCUGGCGCACUGUGAUAUGACGUCAUUUGGAGGUGGAUGGACGAUGUGUUACACCAGUAGCGCCACCGCGCCUUCACCUAUAACGGAAGUGACGUAUGACCCAAUAUUUCCUUAUGGAACCGACGGCUACAAAACUGACUGUAACAACAUCUAUUUCAACGAGGUGAUGUUUGUACGCGAGGAUGCUCCACGUGAAAAGGCGUACUUCAGGCGCCAAGACGGCGCGUCCAUGAUGAUCUCGUCUAGCCUUGGCGAUCGCAGUCUCGCGCAGAAUGGCAAAUGGGACAGCCGUGCAUUUGCACCCACAUCCUUUACCUACCAGCUACUUGUAUGCGACACCUCGCUCUACAAAGGUUUUCAUCUCAGCGGACUGUAUAACACGUGUGUGAAGCUAUGUAAUCAAUGGUGCGGUGAUUGGACGACACCCUUCUUCCGGUCAGCGGCAUUUUCAGACACAUAUCGAUACCCGGAUUUUAAUCAAAAACUUCGGGAAGGUCGUACCCAAGUAAUCAGCGUGGGAAUCCGAGUGCACUAGACAGUUCAGUGGUCACUUAAAGGGGCAGGCUCAUCGUAGCUACCAUGCAAACGUCUUCAGUGUCAUUAGAGUAAAAAAACAUUUGCGUAUUCUUAAGCCCUGGCCAUAGUUUUGAUUCAUUUUGAAUGUUGACGACACGUUUACCAGCGAGCGCUGCUGUUGAACUCUAUCGCGCAUGACAAAACCCAAACUAGCCUAAAAUUGAUAUGAAAUCAGAUUUAUCGUCCCCGGGGAAACAACCUUUCAUUGACACGGCAGAACAAAAUUAGUAAAAAAAAAAAAAAAUAAAUAAAUAAAAUAAAAAUGAAUGAAUACAGAAGAGGGCACUAAAUUGUGGGGAACUUUGGCCGAUAAAUGAUAAGCACACAACUGUUAUAAAGGUACUGUGGUAUAGGCCUUUUCAAGGCUGGCUAUAUGAUCGUCGAGUCUAUCAAAAUAUUGUUCGCGUUUGUGUAAAUGAAUUUCCUUAAAACAAGAAAUUCCCCUUUUGUAAACGGUCGUUUUGCCAUAAACACUAUAAAGUAGAGCAUCUACAGGACAGGAUUUUUAGGUAUGGUAGAAGCAAUAAAGCACUGUAAAAACAAA